AUGGAGGGGAGGAAAGCUCUUUGGCAAGAUUUAUUAGCUAUUAAAAGAAAUGUGUCAGGUCCCUGGCUAGUAGGAGGAGACUUUAAUGCUAUUCUUAAUGGUGAGGAGAAAAUAAGUGGUGUUCAAGUAUCAGAUGCAGAGGAUGCACAUACAAGAAUAUGGAGAAGAUUGGAUAGAAUGCUAGUGAAUGAAGAUUGGAUUUUUAAAUACACAUCAAGCCAGACUGAAUACUUGAUGCCCCUUUGCUCUGAUCACUCUCCAGGUAUGCUGACAAUUAGUGAUGAAAAAAUUUAUGGCAACAGGCCUUUCAAGUUUUUUGCUAUGUGGACUAAGCACCCAGAUUAUCUGUCAGUUGUCAGCUCAGUAUGGGAUCAACAUGUAUAG